AAGAGGGAAGGAUCAGCUGAUUUGGGUGUGAUAUCGAUAGUGACGCCAAAGUGAAGCUGCCAAAAUGUCGCAAGUUGAGCAAUUGCAUCUGAAAUCCCCGCCAGAAACAGCUGGAUCUCCCCAAGCAGCCGCUGCGCUGGCCGUGGCAGCCGAUGCCAACGAAACGGAGCUUAUGGUGAAGGUGGUCAUGGGCAUGGGCUAUCCGGAGGGCGAGGCUCGCCUGGCGCUGGCCCAGAGCAACAACAACGUGCAGCGGGCGGUACAGAUCUUGGUGGAGGGCAUGGAUGAUGGCGAGUCGCGCAAGAGGCGUGGCAAUCGCAAGCGUUUGAGGCAACUGCGCAGCCACCUCAUGGGGGAUCCACUAGCCACCGAUGACGCCAUUGUCGAGAUGAUGCGGGAUCAAAGGAUUGCACAGACGCUGGCCGAGCUGGUGAACGGCAGCAGUGUGCAGGUCAUGGAACUGCUGCUGGCCGAGGAAGAGGAUGAGCUGGAGGAGGAGCAGGAGCAGCUGGAAACCAGCCUGGAGCAGACAUCCUCAUCUGCCGAAAGCUCGCCGCACAGCAACUGAUGGGAAACCCGAUGUUAGAACUGCUUACUGCUAUAAGUAGAUUCUUAUUUAUGGAUUUAUGAGAUUAUGUUAAAAGUUAUCAUGGAAAUCUUGGUUCUAGUUGUAAUUCCUUUUAAUUGUCUUAUGCAAUCACUGCAUUAAGGAUUCAAUUUGUACUUAAAGUAUUUAAACUUUUUUAUAUAAUCAAGCCUCUUUAAAAUAUCGGCAAAGUGCCAUAAAGUUAAAAGUAUACCUAUAUAAUAUUUAAGUUUUUAAUUGUGUAACUUCAUGAGAUUUGAAGUAAAGAUACUUGUAUGAUGAUAUUGAACUUGAA